AUGUCUGACCCAAAGCCCUUAGAUGUAAUUGUUGUUGGCGCCGGCCUCGGAGGCUGUGCGUGUGCUAUGGCGAUGCAUUACGCCGGUUUCAAUGUAACAGUGCUCGAAAAGGUCCAUAAAUUUCUCCGUCUAGGUGACAGUCUUGGGUUAGGUGAAAAUGCUCUUCGCCUGCUCCAGCGCUGGGGACUGCAUGACCAACUGAUAGACAUCGGAAAUAAGAGUGAGCUGAUGCAGAUACGGAGAUGGGGAGACGGAAAGAUAUUGGCACAGCAGCCAUUAAUGGAUAUGGCGGGGUAUAUAGGACACAGAGGAGACUACCAUGAGGCGUUUUUGGCAAGGGUAAAAGAGCUCGGAAUUGAGAUCAAGAUGGGGUGCAAUGUGGUAUCGUACGAUGAGAACGAGCCUUCUCUCACACUAAGUAGUGGCGAGGUGUACAAGGCAGACGUGAUCAUAGCUGCUGAUGGCAUCAAAUCUCUCGCCCGUGAACUCGUCCUUGGCUUCGAAGAUAAGCCCAAGUCGAGCGGAUACGCCUGCUUUCGAGCAUUCUUCAAAGGUGCCUAUUUGAAGUCCGAUCCUUUAUGCCGCGAAUUCGUCGAGAAAGAGUGCGUAAAUAUCUGGAUCGGCAAUGACGUCCACCUUGUUCAGAAUACUCUUCGAGACGGAGAUGAGUUUAAUUGGAUCAUCACCCACAAGGAUACUGAGGAUAUCAAGGAAUCGUGGUUCCAGCCGGGUGACAUGAAUGAAGUGAGGAAAUUGGUCGAAGAUGUGGACCCAAGGAUCGGGAACGCGGUAAGGAGCACCAAAGAAUGUUUGGACUGGAAGAUUUGUUAUCGAGAUCCUAUUCCAAGCUGGGUCAGUAAGAGCCACAAAAUCGUGCUACUGGGUGAUUCGUGUCAUCCUCACCUUCCUACGAGUGCACAAGGCGCAUCGCAAGCAACGGAAAGUGGGGCUGUUUUAGCUUUGUGCCUUAAACUGGGAGGUAAAGAUAAUAUCCCACUCGCUACUCGUGUAUACGAAAAGCUCCGAUUCUCUCGGGUUCGUCAAUCUCAAUUGAAUGGGGAAGAUCUCCGCGACAGGUGGCAUAACGCGCUCAAAGAUCUGGAUGUGGAUGGGGAAAUAGAUCCAGAAAGUGUGAAGAUGAGGGUGAGGCUCUUCAUGAGUAAUCGAUGGCUGUACCCCUUCGAUGCAGAAGCCGAUACUUUGCAUCGGUGGCAAGAGGUCUCAGCUCAGGUGAGUGAGGAGCUAGCGAAUGGGAAGAUAAUCCCAUUAUUCACAGGAGCGGCGUCCAAGGUGGUUGCGUAG